AUGCCACGACUACAAGUCCUCGCGGGUCCCUCCGUGGACGACCUCACCCCCGUAAACGUGAACUCAGGCAUACCUGUGAAGAUCUCGACGGACUCCUUCGAGGGCGAAGUCGCAAUCUUCAUCAAAGGCCUCGAAGACCCCGACACAGGCGUCGCCCGCGAAACCGACUACUUUCGCAAACGCAGCGGCGUGACUUGGAGCAUCCAGGUGCAAGGCCGCUUCCUGCGCGAGUAUUCCGCAGACGACCUGCUGUUCGGGAACAUCUUCGACCGCCCGUUCAAGCUCCCUUGGGGCUUCAGCGCAGCGUUGAAGUUCAUGAACUUCAUCGACCCCACGCUCGAGCACGACCUCGCAUCGCGCAAGAAGCCAUGGGCGCUCUCGCCUCUCGUUGCGACGAUGCCCUAUAUGCAGCACCGACGUAGGAUGGCAACGGGCGCGCCCGCGUUCCCACCCAAGGAGCCCAUCCUGGACGACGUGUCGCAGCUGCGCACGACGCCGGGGGCGACGGCGCGGGCGGCGAAGCCAAAGGAGACUCCGUCGAAGCGGAGGGGCUACUUCGCGAACGCGCUGCGGAGGCAGGAGGUCGUGUUUGGGCCCGAUGACGUCGUCACGACCGACUUCUGCUACGACUUCCUCCAGUUCCGGCACGAGGGGGUGACGCUCCGCUUGCCUGGGGGGAUCUCGAUCGACCUGAUGCGCUACUGGGACGGCCAGCCGGUGCGGUUCGUCUGCUGCGAGCGGCUGCCCAAGGGCGAGCGCACGCCCGACAGACCGUGGGGCCGGGUGUUGUGGUGCGUGGUGAUCGAGCCCGCCGAGGACGGCGCGGAGGGGGCGAGCGUGCGCGAGAAGGCGCGCUCGCAGGAGAGCAUCGGCACCUUCGCGUCGUCGUCGUCGUCGUCGUCGGGGAGCGCGGGGGCGAUCGACUGGUACUACUUACGCCACUUGCCUCUGCCCCUCAUGUUCCUCCACGGGUACCAGAUCUGGAUAUCCGACGACAAGGGAAAGGUCAUCCCUGAGUUUCAAGUUCACAACGAGGGCAACACCACCACAUGCUUCAUCCCAAGCGAGAGCGGAAAGCGCUUCACUGUCCGCUGGGAGGACCACAACGGUCGCGACGGGCACCAUUUCAGCCUCCGCACCUUCCUCGACGGGCGUCCCGCCGGGAAGACACACAACCCUCCGGGAGCGAUAGGACGGAGACGAGGCAUCAGCACCCAGUCUGCGGACACGUACCAGCCGUUCCAGUUUGCGGACCUCCAGACCACGGACGACGAGGACGCGCCCUGGGCCGGGGGCGCGGGCGACGCGCUCGGGACGAUCGAGGCCCGCGUCAUCCACGUCCACGGGGACGCCCGCAAGGUGUCCUACAGGCCCGCGGAGUUCGCGCCCGUCGGCACCGUGCACGAGCGCAGCAAGAAAGUGGGCGGCCACUGCGUC